CGUGACGUCACCGACUCGGAAAGUGCGAGGAACUGCUUCAUGAAAACAAAAAUAAUUCGCUGUUUUGUUUAACUCUUAGAAACAAUCUUGCGUAAUACACGGCAACGAUAUGUGUGGUUUCGAUAAGGAGAAGGGCCCGGGGCGUCUGAUGAAGAAGGGGUUUACUCUGAUCCUGGUGGGUCACAUUAACUUCAUUCUGGGAGCCAUCAUCCACGGCAGCAUCCUGCGCCACAUCUCUAAACCCAACGACCAGAUCACCACCGAGUUCACCGCCGCCAACAUCAUCUCCGUCACCUCCGGACUGCUGAGCAUUGCAACAGGAAUCAUUGCCAUAUUGGUGUCAAGAAAUCUGUCAGUUUGGAAGCUGCACAUAGGUCUUCUGAUUAGUUCCUUCCUGAAUGCCCUACUCUCUGCAGCCUGUGGCAUCGGGCUCCUAUUGGCUAUUAGCCUCACCAUUGCCAACGAGGGGAGGGGCCUCAUGUUGGGCUGCAACUUCACUGACUUGCCAAUCAACGCCCGCUCGCCAGUCCACGCAGACUGCCCCUUUGACACCACACGGAUUUAUGACACUGCCCUGUCUCUGUGGUUCCCAUGUGUACUUCUGGCUGGACUGGAAACAGGACUUUCUAUCUGGUGCUUCGUAGUGGGACUGGUACUGAGGGGUCUAGGACCCUGCUCUCACACAUACCUCAAAGAACAGCUGGAGGAGGAGGCUCUAACUAAUAGGGCAGACCCAGAGUACUCACUCCAGGUCCGGAGCCUGAUUGGUCAACACUCUGCCUACGCAUAGAGGACUGCCACAGACCGGGAGUGUUUGAUGACGAAGGUGUGACUGAGCCUCUUCGUCUUCAGAGAACCUCCCUGGUGCCUUUACCUCCAUUCAUACCAAAGACUCUCCUCUCCCUCAACGUGAUAGGCUAGCUAGACUGCUGGAUGACAUUGUCUCUGUCUGCCUC